CAGAGUUCGCGGUCGAGAGCGUGGAAGGCUGCAGCGCCUCACUGCGCGCAAUGAUCUGAUGUGCUCUUGCCGACUGCGUGCUGAUUUCGGCGGCAUCGAUCGCGUGAUUGGCUCGUCGCCCUCUUGUUCCGUCCGUUCGGAAACCCGCGGUGUUUCCAAGAGCGGUGGAGUCUAUAAACAGAUCCUUCUUCUUCUCUGGAUUGUCGUUCGUGUGUCUGCUGUUUCGGGAUGGCAUCAUGCAUUUGGCAAGGCAUGGCGUGCUCGAAGCUCCCGUGACUUUGAUGUGAUGUCUUGAUUCGGAAGAUCUAUUUCGAUAGAAAUUGAACUACGGCGAUCAGUCAGUACAAUGAGUCAAUGAGAGACGAGUAGGACAGUUAUGUUGAAGAGGCAGGCUGACGAUUUAUCAAAUUCAUUCAGAUGUCAGUACAAACUCGAUCUGCCUAUUCGAAUGAUACGAAGACAUCAGGAUGGGAAAGAGUGUGCAAGCCGUGGGUGCAGGAGAGCUUCAAGUCUCGGUGGUAGAAGGCAGAAACUUUGCAGUGAAAGAAAUGGGUCGUGGUACGCUUGAUUCUUGUGUCGAACUUCUUCUUGGGGACGAAAAGGUCCGCACAGAAACUGUGAGGGACUCUUUAUCUCCCAGUUGGCUGGCUGAUUUCAACCUCAGUGUUCCGUCAGAAGAUUCUCACUUGUGGGUUUCAGUCCUGGACGAGGACCAAUUUUUUGGACGUGAAGUAUUGAUUGGAAGGGCUGUGGUGGCGAUCAAAGAAUUGAUUGGAUGUGGGAAAAGAGUUGUGUGUAUUCAUGUGAAAAAUUUGGAUAAUAUCAACGUCGGAGAAAUUGUUCUCGUUCUACGUUAUACAAGCUACCAGUCUUCAGCUACUGAAGAACGGGAGAGCAACCCCUUGGGCCUCAAAGCAUUGCUGUCGUCUUCAGAAGCAACCAGCUCCGAAAGCAUGAAAUAUAUAACAGAUCCAGAUGGUCAGCUAUGGCGGAGUGUCGAAGUCCUGAAGGAUGUACAAGUAGGGGAAAUACUACCUCCUCUCACUCAAACUGAAGGAUCCGAACAAACUGGUCCAUCGUUAUCAGCAAGUGCGGAAAUUUCGAACUCAGCGGAGAUUGCAUCUGAUCAGGAAGUGAAACAUGACUCUGUAAAAGGCGGUGAUGAAGGUCCAUCUGUCAAAACUCGAUCCUAUGCAGGCCAAUACAAAAUGCUUGCAUUCACCGGAGCAAUGGUAACGAUUUUGGUGGCAUUUGUUGUAGGCAACAAUCAAAAGAAGAAGUCACAAGAUCCACACCAGAUGAAGAAGGAGAAAGAGUUAUCGGUGGAAGACCGAAUUGCCUGGACUCUUUUUUAACAGGGAUCACACACUUCCUUUCAGUAGAACCUGCCAGUUAGAUGAUUCUCACGGGGUGAGCAUUUUGAAAUCAACCUUCUCAGAGGAUGAAAAGCCGUGCAAAUUCUCUCCUACGUUGAACAUCCAUAGCUGGGGCAGUUAUAAUUGUCCUCCUGGCCAUCACAAUAAGUGUUGAAACCUGCGUAACAUGGCUCUUCUGGAGGUGACUACACCACGAUAAAUUCCUGCCUACUAAUCACAUUAAUCAGCUCAAUGGGGAAGACUCUAGAAACUCUUCUGAUGUCUAAUAUAACAUACCUUGUUGAGGUUUGUCCAGGUUUUCUUCAUGUUUCUUCUGUAGGUCUCUUAUCCGGAGGAAAAAUCUAAGAUACUUUGAAGCUUACUACACGACAGAUUCACAAAACUUGGUUUAAGUUCAUGUGACAUCUCAUUUCGUUAUUGAUGUGAAAGGAGCUUACAAUCAACUACAAUCCGAACUCUGAAUCCCGUGAAGUUUUUCGAAAAAACUAGACAAUCCAUUUCACUGAUUGAAAUAUCAUUUUUUUCUUUCUUGCUCACCUCAGUUGAACUCUCUAGUUUCCUUGCAAGUAACAACAGAAGACUUUCAAAUUGAUCAGUAGACUUUAUUUCAAUAUUCAUCCUUUCGAAAACGAACUUCUUGCUACUUUAUCAAAAUGAGGUGACGAAGUAGGUUGGGCAGAUGUUUAGUCCAUACUUACAUGUGCAGAAGGGAAUUUCUAAAGGCUACUCUAAAUUAGAAAAUCCAAACAGCAGGGAUUUUUCACUUCCCUCAUGAUUAACUUAGAAAAACACAAUUCCACUGAAACAAAAAAAUACUUCAUUGUUUGAGAAAAUAAGUGUUUUGAUGUUCUACUUGGAUGCAAGAACAUUAUGGAAUCAUCACAUUCAAACUACGAUAGAUUUGGCAAAUAGCAUCGUUACCAUCCUAAUUGUUCUAAUACAUUUUUAUGGGCUUAAUAAGCUGUCUACUGGCUAAAUCUAGAAGCUGUCAAGUGCAUGCAAUUCCCUACUACCACAAGUGCGAAAUAGCACUUGUGGUAGCACUAAUUUAUAGCACCAAUUUGCAACUUACUGAAAGUACAGUGCUUAAUCUGUUUAAGUUCAUUUCCGAUAUUUUCUACUAAAGCUUAAUUUGAAGUAACAAAAAU